UUCCUAAUUUUAAAUAUAUUUUUUAAAUUUCCAUUUAAAUACAGUUUACAGUAAUUUAUUUAAAUCGAAAUCAGGUGGCAACGCUCCUGUUAGUUUGGUUGUUGUCUGUCAGUGUUGGCAAGACCUGACCACCCGUACAAGCUAGAUUUGAGCCAAAAUAAACUUCAAUAAGCUAAAACUAGGCUCCAAAAACAUCACAAUUGGAAAUCUUUCAAAUCCAGUGGGAAAACAGCUAAAUUGGCAACGCUGUGUCCGUCGCGUAAACAAACAAACUAAAAGUAAAUAUGGGAAACCACAAGGUUCUUCGAUCGGCGGGCAAUAACUUGCGUUAUUCCAUGUACGAGUUCAUUGAGGCGGUGCACAAUCGCUCAAUUAUAUGGGAAAGGCGCCAUCCGAACUUUCACAAUCGGGAAUUGAGGGAUCAGGCCUGGCAACAGAUUGGCCAGGAAUUGUGCAAGAAUUUUGAGACAUCCAGCGAACCGGAGAAGCAGGAAAUUGUGAAAACCCUGCUUAAACGGUGGAAAAACACGCGGGACAGCUACUUGCGGGUGCACCGGCUCCGUCAAACGGGCGAGGAGGUGGCCAGAGCCUCGUACAUCUACGAAAAAGAACUCAGCUUCCUGCUGGAUGUAAAAACCGAAUCGGAUGACGAUGAGGAACCUCCCCUGAAGAAGGAAACCAAGCCUGCAGUCAAACGAAAACGCCUUCCUGCCGUCCAGAGAACUCCAAGGAAGCGAAGAAGCUCAGCCCAUGAAUCGGAUCUGGAAACCGCUGACAAUGACCCAUCCAUUCAGGAUCAUCUGCAUUUCGUCCUGGAAGACCUGAACUACACCAGGGAAGAUCCGGCGCCAGCGGAAAAAGCUCCCGUCCCUCCGAUUUCGAGGGAUCCAAAUUGUACAAAUGCAACAAAUUCUUCCACAUCUUCAUCCGCUGAUCCAGAUCAAGCCUUCUUCGACAGCAUUAAGCCGCACAUGCAAAGAAUGUGCCCGGAUCGGAAGCUCGAUUUUCAGAUCGAGGUUCUAAAGAUACUUCGUAAUUUUAAGCCAAAUUAAAUAAUAACGUAAGUUUUAAAAUGCUUGUUUUAAGUUUGGCUUAAAAAUAACAGUCAGAGGUGCCAAUUUAGCUAUUUUUACACUAGAUCUAGCCAAAUUGUGCUGUUUUCGGAGCGAAUCUGGCAACACUUGUAACAGUGGCUUAACAGAGGAACGAAAGCUGUUAACAGAGCAAGCUAUCGUUAUCGGUUAUCGGAUUUGGGCAUAUUGCGCGGAAUUUGAAAGAUGGGAUUUAAGUAUUUGUUUAAAAUAUUUAACAUAUUUCAAUAAUUGGGACGAUAUUUUUA